AAACGAAACCGCGACGAAAAAAGCUCCAGAGAAAAAUGUCUACGUUAUUUUCGGUGACGCCGAAUGACGACGUACGAAACGCCUCCGUACAAAACACCGCCGUCUGCCUUUCCUUAUCCAGAAAGCAUUUACCGUUCGAUGAACGCGAACGUAUUAAAAAACGACGCAAACAACUGAACCCAGUUCGACUAUCAUUAGAUUACGUCCGUUCCGACGACUCGAUUAAUGAUAAAGAUGACAACGCUUCCAGUACAGAUUCGUCAUCGGAUAAACAUAUCACAUACUCCUACACCGCCGAACCAUCAACCAGUGCUUUCAGCAAAUCGGACUCAGGCUCCGAUCCUGCCCUCGAAUCUAUCUCCGUACCUUUAAAUUUGACGAAAAAUUCGCGAGUUGAAAGCUUCAUCAACUCUAUUUCCUCGCCUGUGCCAGAAACAUCACUCACAUCAACGAUAUCCAAGUCGAAAGAUGGUUACAGUUCGUCUAGAAUUGUCGAAGAUGUUAAACUCAACCUGUAUGCAGCUCGUAAAGACGAUCUUUCUUCCAAAUACAUUGUCAACCCCAGUUCCCAUUCGCCUUCUGGGACAACCACUGUGAAAAAUCAGAUUACCGAGCCCAUCGAGUCUCCUCCUAAUUACGAACAUUUCCUGGUCGGUAAUUCCUCGUUUCACGAUGAGACUCUGGCUCAGAAAGAUCAAUCUCCUCCAUUUUCACCCAGAACACCUCCAGUAUCAGUGAUGCGAAGCUUAUUCACCAACGCUGUGACUCGUACAUCUUGCCGAAUUUUUAAUCCAGAGGCAUUCUGCAACAUUUGCAACAAAGAGUUCUGCAAUAAGUACUUCUUGAAGACGCAUAAAGCCAACAAACAUGGCGUUUAUUGCGAAACUAAAGAUAAUAAUUCGCCCUCUUCAGCUGAAACGAAUGAGACACCAUCAAAUCCUGUACCUUUGAUGUUCACUUGGAACGUGAAAAACAACAACGUUAAAUUACCAUCGAAUCCUUACCUAAUAAAUGCCAACGCUGUGAAGGAUUCGUCAGCAUUUUGCAACAUUUGCGAAAAAGAAUUCUGCAACAAGUACUUCCUACGUAGACAUAAGGAAAAAAUGCACGGUAUUGUGUCCUAUAAUGAUAGUCGUAAAUCCGAUACCAGUUCUGAUUCUGAUAACAAAACUGGCAAAGAGAACGACGACGGCGAUCGUGAUUUGCACAGGAUAUCAAAUCAUCAAUCCGAUGAUUCUAAACCCUACCCGAGUACUAACUUAUAUCUGGAGAGUAAAUCGAAAAACGAGCUUAACCAAAAUUCAAAAUGCAACGAAUUCGUUAAAAAUGUCGUCAAAGAUGGCAAACUCAAGUACCCGAAGUAUUCCACCAAUAUGACCACAGAUGCUGUAUCAGAUUUCCUCAAAAUAUGCCUCACCAACACAGCAGCUGUGACUAAAUCUUCAUCUUUACCAGCUGCAGAUGAAAGGCUGCCUAAACUACCAUCUUCACAUGACAGGCAAAGCAGAGAGAUCAACGCUAAGCAUGGUCAAUCUUCUGAUGAAGAUUUACAACCAGAGUACUCGAGGAAUUUGCCCAAAGACUGCGACUCCAGCAUAGUGAAUCUUAUAAUUAAAAAGGAACAUCCAUCCCCACCUUCUGAUUUCAACUGCCAACCAAACAUAUCUGUCGCUUUACUCGCCAACGAAUAUAAAUCCAGAAAUCAGCUCUCUAAAUGCAACGUAUCAACUGGUGAAUUUGGUGUCCAGGCUAAAGAAGAAGAUUUCCACGAUAUGAGUGAUAAACCCCCUUUCAAGAUGACUGGAGUUGUGCAACCUGUCGAUGAAUUCCAUCAAUCAGCAGACGACGAGCUUGAUUAUAAAAAAUACCAAUGUGAGUUAUGUUCGAAGAAGAUGUCAACGUUUUCCAUUAUGAAACUGCAUCAUAAAUACGUCCACGCUAUGAACGUCGAAGACACGAUUAAAACCGAAGGCUGUAUCGAAGAAGCCGAGUUCAAGAAAAUGGAGAACAUUUACUUCAUGAUACUGAAAUUCAGCCUUCUAAACACAGUUGUGACGUUUUGCGAAAUAUGUAAAACCGAGUUCGAUAAAAACGACGUGCUCGAGAUGCAUCUAAUGAACAAACAUGGCGCCCUGGUCGAUGAAAUCAGCAGAAUCAUCGAAGAUGCUGGUGUAAAUGGGAUGCUGGUUCCUGCGAUGAAUAUGGGCGAUGGUAAUCUACUGUGUCAAAUUUGUAAUAAGACUUUCACGACGAAUGCCUCCUUCCAACAGCACGUGUACGAGAAAUGUGGCCCCGCACCGGAUUUCAAAGACUAUUCCGAGUAUUUUCCUAGUCUGUCGUUAGAUGACUCAGUUUGCGACUCUUCUAAAACGAGGAAUUUCUGCGAAAUUUGUAAAAAAGAACUAUGCAAUAAGUAUUUCAUGAAGACUCACAUGCAUCGAAUGCACGGUAUCUCACUCCAAAAUGGCGUCCGGAUAGGCGGAGUCACCUGUGAAAUAUGUAACAAGGAACUCUGCAGCAAGUACUUCCUCCGGGUGCAUAAAAAAAACUGUCACGGGAUCAUGGAAAACGUGACACAAUUUGUCACCAACAGAAUAUCAACUCAGCAGCAGCAGCAGCAACAACAACAACCCACACAACACAACGAUAUCGAUAAAGAUGACUACCUAGCUCAAAAACACGUCUCUCAAAUCUGCUCCUUCUGCGGACGUAUUUUCAAAAGCAUGAAGUGGCUGAAAACUCACCUAUUCAACGAUCACGGUAAAAUAGGAGCUGCCAGAUGGCAAGAUAUCCUCAACAGUUUCAACUCAUCCGAGCAGGAAUCAUCUACGGUUAGUUCCGGUACCGAUGACCCCACUGAGUACACGAGUCAGUCAUCUUAUCCAGAAGCAGAUGAUCAGCCACAACCACCAGCCAAGUUGUAUCAAUGUUCCAGUUGCCAGUUCCAGACAUCCAACGUUGAGUUACUGAUUACCCAUCAAAGGUUGCACUUGAAGGCGGGUGAGUUGCAGUAUCGCUGUAUGUACUGCUUUGUUUUUACCAAAGAUAAAAAUUCCUUAGAAGAACAUAUCGCCUAUCAUCAUUUCACCGGUAGUAAUAACGCGCAGAUAGAGUUCAAUCACGACUCGUCGCCUUUUGAUUUAGCCAUUACGAAUGGUAAUUGUGCCAGGGUGAUAGAUUACGAUAGAAGUAACUGAUAGGUAGCAAUUGUUUUUAAACGUCGAAAUAAUUUUAUUCCACUGAAUU